UGAUGAUGACGUUUGCCUGAGACAGAUGUGCCUUGCUUCAGCUAACGGAAUGAAUUAACUAGUGUGGUACCGAAGAGAUUCAUUGAAACUGCAGCAAACAAAGACAGGCAGGAUGUUGGAGUCCUAUGUCACGCCCCUGUUGAUGAGCUAUGUGAACAAAUACAUCAAGAACCUGAAGCCCUCUGACCUGCAGCUGUCACUAUGGGGAGGAGACGUAGUACUGAGCAAGCUGGAGCUGAAGUUGGAUGUCCUGGAGCAGGAGCUGAAGCUACCCUUUACCUUCCUGAGUGGUCACAUCCAUGAGCUGCGUAUCCACGUGCCCUGGACCAAACUGGGCUCAGAGGCGGUGGUCAUCACCAUCAACACUAUGGAGUGUAUCCUCAAACUGAAGGAUGGAGCACAGGAUGACCAUGAGAGUGGUUCAAGCUCCACCAGUCGCAGCGCCUCAGAGAGCUCCAAGACCCUGACCAAGCCCCGCCGCCUCCAGCAGGCCGCCCCCUCCGACCCAGACCUACCCCCAGGCUACGUCCAGAGUCUGAUCCGUCGGGUGGUGAACAACGUCAACAUCGUGGUCAACAACCUGAUCCUGAAGUAUGUAGAGGAUGACAUCGUCCUGUCUGUCAACAUCACCUCUGCUGAGUGUUACACGGUCCAUGAAUUCUGGGACCGAGCCUUCAUGGACAUCACAGCUCCUGAUCUGGUGCUGCGUAAGGUGAUAAACUUCAGUGACUGUACGGUGUGUCUGGAUAAGAGGAACGCCAGUGGAAAAAUAGAUUUCUACCAGGACCCUCUCCUCUACAAGUGUUCCUUCAGGACACGACUACACUUCACCUACGAUAACAUCAAUUCCAAGAUACCUGCCGUCAUCAAAAUCCAGACGAUGGUAGAGUCCCUGAAGCUGUCCAUCACAGACCAGCAGCUGCCCAUGUUCAUCAGGAUCAUGGAGCUGGUCCUCACCCUCUACUACGGAGAGAUAGGAGGAGGGAAGGAUGGAGAGGGGGAGGAGGGGAGCGGCCAUAGAGAGGCCAUCGUCACUACACCAGGUCUGGAAGGAGACCCAGAGGCCCAGGCCAUGGCAGGACAGUACCCCAGCACAGAGCUUUACAUGCAGGGGGAAGAGGGGGACCAGGGCUGGGUGUCCUGGGCCUGGUCCUUCGUCCCAGCCAUCGUGGGAGCUGAGGAUGAGGAGGGAGAGGAAGGCUUCUACCAGCAGCGGGAGGAGGGAGGUGUAGGCGGCUCCAGCCCACAGCAGAACACACCUAAAGACCCUGUUGUCUCCAUAGGGUUCUAUUGCACCAAGGCCUCUGUCACGUUCAAGUUGACAGAGAUGCAGGCGGAGAGCAGUUACUACAGUCCUCAGAAGGUGAAGAGCAGGGAUGGGCUCUGUCUGGAGCAGGAGGGGAUCACCAUGGAGGUGCUGAUGAUGGGGGAACCCUUCUUCGACUGUCAGAUUGGCAUUGUGGGCGUCCGGGCGCUCUGCCUGAAAGGCAUCAUGGGAGUGCGGGACUUUGAGGAGAACUUGAACAGACAGGAGGAGGAGGCAGUGUUCUUCAGCUGUGGAGAGAGUCUGAGCAAUAAAGGUAUGACCUACCUGACCAACUCCCUCUUCGACUAUCGCUCCCCAGAGAACAACGGAGUCAGAGCCCAGUUCAUCCUGGAUGCCACCAACCACAAGGAGACCUACACAGAGAUAGCAGGCAUGCAGCGCUUUGGGGCCUUCUACAUGGAUUACCUCUACACAAUGGAGAACAGCAGCACCAAGGUGUGUGUAGGGCAGCAGGACUUCACCAUGGCGGUAGUGGCUAACGAAGAACCGGUCCCCCUGGUCCAAGAGACGUCUGUCAAGAGGCUGGUGGUCGGACCUCUGGACUUGCGGCUCAACAGCAGCGCCGUGCACCGCCUUCUCAAGAUGCUGGCCUGCGCCAUGGACCAUGAGUACCAACCCUACUGCAAACCACAGCCAGACCCAGUGGAGGAGCUCCGAGCCCCAGCCACCCAGGAGGAGGUAGCGAUGCUAGAGGAGUUUAUCCCUACCAGACUGACCUGCCUCACCCUGCUGAAGGUCACUGUCACCCUCAACAUGGCAGAGUUCAACCUCCUACACACACUCAUGCCUGUCAUCAUGGGACAGAAGGCCCCCCCAGGUCCGGUCAGUGUGCCAGUCUUCCAGGCGGUGCGGCCCCUGCCGGCCCUCAGGUUGCAGGUGGACAGUGUUAAUGUGGAGCACUCUGUCCCCAUGUACGCCCCUGAGCUGACUAGCACCGUCUCCUCUCUCAGCCAGCCCUCCGAUAACCUGCUGCACCACUGCUACACACACUGCUACCUCAAGGUGUUUGGUUUCCAGGCAGGUUUGACCUGUCUGGACAGUACAGGCAGUUUCCUCCCCAUGUCUCCUCUCAUCCCUUCCUUCAGUACAGCCCUCUAUGGCAAGCUGAUCCAGAUGCCUCAAUACUGGACAAAGCGUUCAUCAGUCCUGAUCACAGAGUGUAUCCUUGAGCUGCCCCACUUCACGGUGCAGGCCACGCGGCCCCAGAUCCUUCUCCUUCAGACCAUGCUCCAGAGCUGGACACACAGCCUGGGAGACGGUUCCUACCCUGGGGUCAACGAUGCCCUGCUCAGCCAUGUCUACACAGAACCAGGUGUGAAGUCUCCCUCUCCUUCUCCGACCCUGGAGGCCUCGGUCCAGAACGUGGAGCUGAAAUUCUGCAGCAGAGCCACGGUGAACUGCGCCGGGGGAACCGUGGGAGCUGUUAAAGUGUGUGCCAGGACCCCAGGUUCACCAGAGGGAAUAAAGGAGAAGCUGGUUCCUCUGCUGCAGGGUCCAUCUGACACUAAGGAGCUCCACCAGAGUCGCUGGCUCAAUGAGAUCCGUAAACCUGAGUCCCUGCUGUCCCCUGACCUCCUUGCCUUCUCGAUACAGAUACCCCAGCACGGGGACGACUGCCGCAACUCCGGUGCUGUGUUGCUGGUCAGUGUCCAGGGCAUAGCAGUAAACCUGGACCCAGUCUUCAGUACAUGGAUCCUCCACCAGCCUCAGAAGAGGAGCACCAAACAACAGCAGGAACAGGCUGUGGUGGCGGUUCCCAUGGCGAUGCCCAUGUCCAAGCGGAGGGAGGACGAGGUGUCUGUGGGGAGUAUGCCGUUUGCCAAGCAGCCGUCCAAUCAGGCCUCAGACUACGCCAGCAGCCCCGUCAAGACCAAGACUGUCACAGAGUCCCGUCCUCUGUCCAUCCCUAUGAAGGUGAUACCUUCCUCUCCAGAGACCUGGACCACCUCAGAGGAACGUAUGAAGGAGCUGAUCGCUCACGUCUGGGACGCCGUCAAACGACUCACACUACAGUUGGAGCUCCAGUCAUGCUGUGUGUUCCUCCCCAACGAUAGCCUCCCCUCUCCCAGCACCAUUAUCUGUGGAGACAUCCCUGGUACUGUCCGUAGCUGGUACCACAACCAGGCCACCAUGCCUGGGACUCUGGUAGUCUGUCUGCCCCAGAUCACUGUGCUUUCUGCUGGACACAAAUACAUGGAGCCCCUGCAGGACCUGCCCUUCAUGGUGUCCAGGCCCAUACUGGAGGAAGGUGAUGCCUUCCCAUGGACCAUAACCCUGAGUCAGUUCAGUGUGUACACCCUGUUGGGUCAGCAGCGGUCUCUGAGUCUCCUGGAGCCAAUGGGCUGUACCUCCACACUGGCAGUUACCUCCCACAAGCUGCAGGCUGCAGGCCCCGACGGACGACACGCCUUCAUCGUCUGUCUGCACGUUGACCUGGAACCUCUGAACAUCAAGGUCUCCAACCCCCAGGUCCAGUUGCUGUAUGAGUUGUUCCUGUCAUGGAGUUCAACGUGGGCCCGUCUAGAGAAGAGGGGCCUCCUGCGCCAGACCUCCACUAUCCCAGACCCCCCCACUGGGCCGGCCCCCUCCUCCCCCGUCCGCUCCAGCGCCGGCACCGCUCUCCCAGACACCAGCACUUGCUCCCCCUCCGCUGAUUUUGGAUCCCCCACCGAGGGUGACUCUGUUCCAGCGGGGGACGACUCUCCGUUCUCAGACACGGUGACCCUGGAGCAGAAGACCAACAGUAUAGGGGGCACCAGCGGAAAGGUCAGCCUCUGGAUGCAGUGGAUGUUGCCUAAAGUUACCGUCAAGCUGUUUGCUCCCAACCCCAAUGCCAAAAAGACAGAGAUCUGUGUGAUCAGUGAGGCUGAGGAUCUCAGUGCAUCAGUGGAUGUCCAGGAUGUUUACACCAAGAUCAAAUGUAAAGUGGGCGGCUUCAACAUCGACCAGUACAAGACCAGUCCAGAGGAGGGGUCUGGUCUUGCUGUAGGCCGCUGUGGAGGGGUGGUCCUGUCUUGCACUGAUAAGCUGAACAGACGUACAGUGCUGGUUCGACCCGUCAGCAAACAGGACUCCUUCAGCCACUUCUCUGGCUUCGUUCCGCCUACAGCAGCCAAGGUCUUGGAGGUGUCCUCCCACCAGCAGCACGGGUUCUUGUCCAUCACAUACACCCAGGCGGUCACCAGGAACGUCCGCCACAAGCUGACCACGCGGCUGGAACGGUCAGGGCCUCGCGGGGCCCAGCGGCUGACGGAGGGCCAGGCUGACGGGUCCCCCCAGUACCUGAGAGAGAUCCUGCUGACCGCCCAGCCCUUUGACCUGGUCCUCUCCUGCCCCCUGCUGGCCACCGUAGUCGGGGUGUUCCACGCCGCGCUGCCACGACGAUACCGGGACCGCGGCAAAUCUGCCGGCCAGCCGAUGAGAAGUCAUACGCUGACGUCACGCAGCCUGCCGCUGCUAUAUAUCAACACAUCAGUGAUCAGGGUGUUUUGUCCCGGGAACCAGGAGAAACAGGACAGACAGGACAAACACACAGAGCCCCACCUGAGGAGAGAGAGAGAGGACACUCUGGUGCUGAAGAUAGGAUCUGUCAGCAUGGCCCCUCAGGCAGAUAACCCUCUGACCAGAACCGUGCUGCGCAAAGACAUCUACCAGCGAGCGUUGAACCUGGGCAUCCUGCGUGACCCGGGGUCAGAGGUGGAGGACCGCCAGUACCAGGUGGACCUGCAGUCCAUCAACAUCGGUACCGCCCAAUGGGAGCAGCUCAAACCAGAGAAGGAGGGGUCUAAGGGGGGUGUGUCCACCGAGACAGAGAGGAACUCACAGAACCCCGCCCUGGAAUGGAACAUGGCCAGCAGUGUCAGGAGACACCGGGAGAGGAGAGCCAUCCUGACGCCCAUCCUGACUGACUUCUCUGUCCGAGUGACAGCAGCACCUGCCAUCAUAUUCAGCAAGCCCAUAUCCCCUGACAACGGACAAGUGGAGGAGGUGGUGGUGUGUGGUCACUCCCUGGAGGUGAAUGUAACAUCCAGUCUGGAGUUCUACCUCAGUGUGGCCCAGGUCCACCUGCUGCAGCUGCUGUUCCGAGCCAACAUAGUGGGGGGACAGGCCCCAGAGAAGACCAGCCAGGUGCAGCGUGGCGAGCAGCAGUGUAGCUCCUCAUCAGGACCUUGCGGUGUGGACUCGUCCUCCCGUCACAGCGGGGUCCAGGACAGUGGGUUCGGCAGCGACAGCGCCAGGAUCCGUAUUGUCCAGAUAGAGCAUCAGAGUGGAGCCUCCCACCACCGCAUUGCUAGACCCUCCAGGAAGUCCACCAUCAUCAAGAACCUCUCCUUCAUCCCCUUCGACAUCUUCCUGACCGCUAGUAAACUCUCUCUCAUGACCUAUGCCUGCUCUACUCUAGCCAAGGCCCCUAAAGAGACCCCCCCCGCCUCGCCUGAGAAGAAGGAUGGAGACAGGAUGACAGGGAAGAGUGCCCUGAACCAGCCAGACACCCCGGGCUACACCACCCCUACCCCAGCCCCAGCCUCCUCCUCCCCCAACCCAGGCCCUCCUACCCUGGUCCCUCUCUCAGGCCUGACAGCAGAGGACCUCCUGAACAGUAACACCUCUCCCCAGCCCCAGGCGCCCCGCGGCUCCCUGCUCUCCCUGGACUCCCUGCCUGCCCCCAGCCGCUCCUCAGCCCGCCAGGCCCUGGGGGUCACCAUCGUGAGGCAGCCUGGGAGGAGAGGGGCUGGAGACCUGGUCCUGGAGCCUCUACUCUACAUCCAGGUUGUCCAACCCUCGGCCCUGCUCAGCUGUCACCACCGUAAACAGAGGAUGGAAGUGUCCGUGUUCGAUGUGGCUCUGAGGGGAGUCUCCUCCGACUAUAAGUGUCUGGAUCCAGGGAAGUCUCUCCCGGAGGCGUUAGACUACAGUCUGUUCUGGCUCCAGACAGUAGCAGGGGAGACUGACAGUCAGACAGGCAUCCCCCCUCCUCUGGCCUUUCUACAGAUCAAAGACUUCCUCAAUGGACCAGCGGAGCUGAACGUGGAGCUUUCCCGGCCCCUGAAGGUGAACCCUACACUGGUGAAACUGGAGCAGGCCAAGGCCUACCUGAGGAAGGUCCUACCUGAACACUACUGGGAGGCUCCCAAACCCCCCUCCACCCCUCAUUCCUCCCCCAGUAGGACCUCCUCCACCUCCCACCCUCGGCCCGACCCCUCCCACCUCAGCUCCCUGAGGUCCUUGGCACCCUUCCACAAGGUGUCCCUACGCACCACCCAGAUCGUGGUUGUCAUGGAGACCGAGUCGCACCCUGCCCGGCCCAGCCUGACCUGGUCGGUGUCGGCCAUGAAGGGUACCAUGAACAUGAAGACUGGGCCCAAGCUAGACGACGCGGUCCAGUCAGUCUCAGUGCUGUUGGAGCUGCAGGAUGUGCUGGUGAGGACAGGUCUGAAGGAUCGGAGCCGUCUGCUGCUGGGGCCUUUCUCCUGUAGCGCCGCCCUAGAGGCCAGGUGGUGUAGGCACAGCAGCAGUCCUGGUCCUGAGACUGGAGCCCCUAAACUACUGCUGGACCUGAAGGGAGGCCUACUGCAGGUGUUCUGGGGCCAGGAGCAUGUCAACUGUCUGAGGCUGGUGUAUGAGCACAUCCAGGCUUACCUCCAGAGGAACCAGGGGACAGGGUCUGAGUCUGGGACUGGGGCUGGGGCUGAAGACGAUAAGCCCGCCUUUGACUCCCAGUCACCCCCCUCCCCUGGAUCCCCCUCCUCCAGGACAGAACAUAGCUCUGAUGACCUCCGCACCGGGCUAUUCCAAUACAUACAGGACUCAGCCUCUCAGAAACUGCCUGGUCCUUAUGAGGUUGUGUUCUAUAACGAAACAGACGACAGUCCCGGCGUCAUGCUGUGGCGUUACCCAGAAUCCCGUGUGUUGACCUUUGUACGCAUCACUCCAGUCCCCUUCAACACCACCGAGGACCCCGAGAUCAGCACCGCAGACCUGGGAGACAGACUACAGGUGCCGUGCAGCCUGGAGUAUUGGGACGAGCUCCAGCACGCCUUCGUGCCCUACCGAGAGUUCAGCCUAUCAGAGAGUAGCGCCUGCGAGCUGACCCUGCCCAGCCUGACGCUGACCAAUGAGCAGAAGGAGCUGGUGACCUCUGACCUGUGGAGGAUCGUCCUCAACAACAACACAGACGGAGGAGAUGAACAGAGUUCUGACAGUGAGUCAGGUUCUCAGCAGGGUUCCUCGGGGUCCCAGCUUCUGCCCUGUGACCAGCUGGUGUCCCCCACGGCGCUGGCAGCCUGUACCCGGGUCGACUCCUGCUUCGCCCCCUGGUCCGUGCCCUCCCUGGGCGUCUCUCUCACCCUGGCACAGAUACAGCUGCACCUCUGCCACCACCUGGAGCAGCUGGGCACAGUGCCGUCACGUCGACUCCGCCCCUUCCUGCCAGACAGGAAGCUGCCUCAGGAGCAGGAGUACCUGGUCAUCAGGGCGCAAGAGCCGCGGGUGUUCCUUCGCCAGUGGAGUGGUGGUAGCGGUAAGGGUAGUUCUUCCCGGCUGUGCCAGGAGCUCCAGUUCUCCACUGAGCUGGACUGCAGACUGCUGGAGUACCGGAACCUGACUUGGCUCUGCCUGCUGCAGCCGUUCAUACUGCAGGGCCAGGCUGCGGCCACGCGCUGCUCCAACAACAUCCUCCUGGACGGGAACGUCUUCAUAGACCCUGUCUACAUCAGCAUCAGCCAGUACACUGUACAUACCCUGGAUACAGCCCUACAGAGCUGGCAACAGAAUGGGGAUGGUGGUGCGGAGGAGUUGGUGUUCAGCCACCAUGUGCUCUGUAAUGACACCCAGGAGACCCUGAGGUUCGGCCAGGUGGACACUGAUGAGAACGUCCUGCUGCCCUCCCUACACAGCCACCAGUACAGCUGGAGGAGCCACAAGUCACCACAGCUCCUUCACAUCUGUAUAGAGGGGUGGGGUAACUGGCGUUGGUCUGAGGCCUUCAGUGUGGACAACGUGGGGUCUCUGUUGAGGACUAUUCAAUAUAAAGGACGGACCGCCUCCCUCAUCAUCAAGGUGUUGCAGCUCAACGCUGUCCAGAAACAGAUAAUAAUCUGUGGUCGUCAGGUGAUGUGUAGCUACCUGUCUCAGGACAUUGAUCUGCGGGUGGUGCAGCACUAUGUGAAUCCAGAUGGCCAGACGGUGGUUAAGGAACAUGCUGACUGUCUGGAGGCUGGGAGGAAGCUGCCCUCAUACGUCCUGGAGGACUCAGAGAUGACAGAGCUGUGUGUCAGAGCCAGAGGAGAUGAGGACUGGUCUCGGGAUGUCAGACUGGAGAGGAAGGAGAAGGAAAGGGGGGGCAGCUCUGUGGUACAGGUGCCUUGUUCCAGCGGCUCGUUGUUCUACGUGUGGUGUACCCUGAUCACCAUGGAACCUGACUCUCACAUGCAGCAGAGAGUGGUGGUAUUCAGUCCUCUGUUCAUGAUGCGUAGCCACCUUCCAGACCCUGUCAUCAUCCACACAGAGAAAAGAAGUCUGGGGCUGAGAGAGAGUCAGCUGAUCCAGGGACAGGGACACCAGGAACAACUACUGAACGCUGAGAAUGACCUGAUGCACCACCUCACCUUCCAGGCCAGGGAGGAAGAGGAUGCGUCUCACUGUGCGGUGCCCAUCUCCACCGCUGUGAUCAAACAGAUAGUGAACAGGAACCAGGCUGGGUUGGAGGACAGCCAGGAACACAUACUGGCAGACUUCUAUGGUCUGAAGAACAACAGCCAACCACCAUGGCCCUACGUCAGCAAGGACACAGACAGGCCUGGAUCAGAAGCCCUAGCCCAGUGGGACAGCCCCAUGCAGGUGAAGUUGUCAGCCUGGAGGCCAGGUCUCAACACCCUGCUAGUGGAGCUCAUUCCCUGGGCCCUGUUGACCAACCACUCUACAUGGGACCUCUGGCUGUUUGAGGGAGAGACCAUCGUCCUGCAGAUACCCGCUGGAAAGACCAUCGUUCCUCCUAACUUCAAGGAGGCGUUUCAGCUGGGUAUCUACUGGGCCCACACUAACACGGUCCAUAAAUCUACAGCCCUGAACCUGGUCCAUGACCUGACGUCUCCGCGCUGGAAGGAGGGUGUCAGUCCUGAUGUCCUCACCCUGGAUGAGGAGGGCUGUGUGGAGGCAGAGAUCACCCUGGGGAGUAGCCCUGGAAGACAGAAGGUUUGUCAGUUCUGCGUGUCCUCUGUGGUGAGACAUGGCAUCCAGAUCCUACAGAUAGAAGACAGGACUAUCCUGGUUAACAACACCCCCUACACCCUGUCCUAUAGACCCCUACUGUCUGACCACGCACUGGGGACAACAGACCAGGCCUGUUCCCUCCCAGAAACAGCAGUGUUCAGCCUGGCUCCAGCCGGAGAGAAGACACCUUCCAGACCGGUCUCUGUGGCCUGCUGGGAUCUGCUAAGAAAGGGGGUACAGGGGGAGUGGGAGACCCCUCAGUCUACUCUACCAACCAGACACAUGCUGUUCAGCUGCCUGCCCACCCCGGACCCUGGGCCUGUAGCUGGGCCUGGGUCCUGGAGCCUCCCGGCCCCCAUCAGACCUGACUUCCCCAGGCAGAGUGUGGCCGUCCCUGGGGAGAUCUGCAGCAGCAGUGGCCUGAGCACCAGAGCGUUGGUGAUGACGUAUCAGGAACACCUGGGUAUCACCUACGUCACGCUGAAUGAAGACCCCUGUCCUCACAUGCUCAUCCACAACCAGACCCCUCUCUCUAUGCUGCUCAGGGAGAAUGUCAAGGAAUCCCCCAGGACAGAGGUGUACUGCCGCCCCCUCCCUGCUAACUCCUCCCUCCACCAUGGACUUUACCACCACUACUCCAGCUUCCCUGACUGCAGACAGAGAGAGCCUCUACCCACCCUGCUGCUGAAGACCAGUCCUAACCCUAACAUGCCCCCUGGCUCCAGUCUGCAGCCCAGCGACCUCCAGACGUCUCCAGAGUGGAGCGACCCCGUGGACAUCAACUGCCCCGGCACACAGGUGGUUUUCCUGCCAGGGUUUGGCUGUCUCUACAUAGACGUAGUCCAUCAGGGUGGCACAGUCAUCCUCACCCUGGCACCAGAGGGCAGCGUGGACUCUGUCAUGAGCCUGCACAACAGGACGUAUAAUCAGAAUCUGGCGUUCAGGGUGUUGCUGAGCGAGGCCAGUGUGUCGCUGAAGGAUGACAUCACCAGUCGGUCGGGUUCCGUGGAGCUCUUGAGGCUGACUCUGUCCAAGCUGCUACUGAACCUGUGUCCUUCCCAGCUGGGUGAAGGAGGCCUGGGGCUAGGCACCCCCGGGAUGGGAGAGGCCUGUCUGGUCGAAGUCCACUGUGCCAGCCUACAGGUGGAUAACCAGCUGUAUAACCGUGCCAGCUUCCACUUCCCAGUGUUGCUGUGCCAGGAGCAGAGUGUCGAGCUGCUCCCCUGGACCAUCGAUGCCAACCCCACCACCUCACUACAGGCCCUGGAGGAGUUUAAGGCAUCAUGCUUCCUCCAGCUGGGUCUCACCCUGGACAGGGAGGGCUGCAGUGUGGACCAGCUGACCUUCCACAUCAAACCAGCCCGUCUCUACCUGGAGGACACCUUUGUCUACUACGUCAAGACUCUGUUCCACACCUACAUCCCAGACUCAGCCCUGGCCCCCUCCCCGGGCCCUAACCCCUCAGAGCACCACGGGGGUCCCCUGCUCCCGAAGACCGUUCUUCAGUCCGUUCCAGCCCUGGUGCACCCUCUGAGGCUGCAGCGACUGGCCAUUCAGCCGGUCAACCUGUUGGUCAGCAUCCACGCCUCUCUGAAGCUCUACAUAGCCUCGGACCACACCCCCCUGUCUUUCUCCAUGUUUGAGAGAGGACCGCUCUGUACUACAGCCAGACAGCUGAUCCACGCACUCGCCAUGCACUACGCUGCUGGAGCACUGUUCAGAGCUGGCUGGGUGGUGGGGUCUCUGGAUCUCCUUGGUAGUCCUGCCAGUCUGGUGAGGUCCAUCGGUAACGGCGUAGCAGACUUCUUCCGUCUGCCAUAUGAGGGUUUAACCCGUGGCCCCGGGGCCUUUGUCAGCGGAGUGUCACGAGGAACCACCUCAUUCGUCAAACACAUCUCUAAAGGCACGCUGACCUCCAUCACCAACCUGGCAACCAGCCUGGCCAGGAACAUGGACCGACUGUCCCUGGAUGAGGAGCACUAUACCAGGCAGGAGGAGUGGAGGAGGCAGCUACCUGAGAGCCUGGGGGACGGACUCAGACAGGGCCUCUCUAGACUGGGCAUCAGCCUACUGGGAGCGAUAGCUGGCAUCGUGGACCAACCCAUGCAGAACUUCCAGCGGGGUUCAGAGAUGCAGAGUUCAGCAGGCAGCAAGGCCAAGGGGGUCAUCUCUGGGGUGGGGAAAGGCAUCGUGGGGGUCUUCACCAAACCUAUAGGGGGCGCUGCAGAGCUGGUCUCGCAGACUGGAUACGGUAUCCUUCAUGGGGCUGGUCUGUGGCAGCUCCCCAAACAGCUGUACCUCCCAGCAGACCAGAAGUCAGCCCUCGCCCCCAACAGCCACGUCAAAUACGUCUGGAAGAUGCUCCAGUCCCUGGGUCGUCCAGAGGUGCACAUGGCCCUGGAGGUGGUGAUAGUGUCUGGGUCGGGUCAGGAGCAUGCUGGGUGUCUGCUGCUGACAGGGGAGGUGUUGUUUGUGGUCAGUCUGUCUGAGGACACACAACAGCAGGCCUUCCCCAUCACUGAGGUGGCCUGUCAACAAGACCCCCACCACCUGGGGGCGCUGACGCUCACGCUGCAGCAGCAGAGACUCACCAACGAUGUAGAGGGUGACAGUGGUAGGGAGCAGUUGUCGGAGCAGCAGUAUGGUCGCCUGGUGGACUAUGUGACACGUGCGUCUGCGUUCCUCUCCCCCUCGGCCUCGUCCCUCCAGCAGGCUCCUCCCAUCGCCCCGGCCGAGCCUCCGGCCGCCGUCGCCAAGACCUACCGUUACCUGGUCAACCCCGCCCACGCCGCCGUGUUCGUCUCCAAGUUCACCAUGGUCAAGAACAAGGCGCUGCGUAUCGGCUUCCACUGACACAGAGACUCUAACACACACACACACACACGUACACACACCUUUACAGAGACCCUAACACACACACACACGUACACACACCUUUAUAGACAUACACGUACACCUGAACACACACCUGUUGCACUCCCUCUUUAGGUUGAACAUCCACAAACUGCCCUUAAGGUGUAAUGUCCUCUUCAUGCAUUAAGGAACAGAGCACCCUAUCAUAGAACAAGGGAAGAGGGUUUAAACUUUGAUUUACUCUUAAACAUUUCAAUAAAACACAGUGAAAACACCCAUCCCCUGUGGCAGUGAACACUAAUGUUGAGGAGACUGCGGAGGGGCUACAGUAAGACGUCUAGUAUUCAGUACGUCCCAAAUGGCACCCUAUUCCCUAUAUAGUGCACUACUUUUGACCAUGCCCCAUAGGGCUCUAUGUAGGGAACAGGGUGCCAUUUGGGACAUACACAUUCACCCGUCAUAUUGUCCUUGACUGAGUUUCUCUGUGCUCUUUAUUCUUGCGUAUAACUGAGCUGUUUAAACCUCUUAAUGCUGACAGCCACUCUGACUGUUGUCACGGUGCUAGUGGGGGUGCAGUGGAAAUGACGAACGCUGGUAGUAGGAAUAUAAUGGUUCAUAUCCAAGCUGUCGACCAAAAUAUGUUGGGGUUGUUGCUUUUUGUUUUACCUAUGUAUUUUUCUAGAAGAUGUAACACAUUAUGAUGAGCUGUUUAAUGUGUAUUUUCAGUUCAUGCCAAGAUCAUUAUCAUAGUACCUUUUUUAUUGUGUUAAAACACAGCUUUAUGGAAUAAUACAUCAUUUUGUACUCUAAUGCUUUUGAUGUCUGCAUCACGUGUCAAACUCAUUCCAUGGAGGGCCGAGUGUCUGCGGUUUUUCGCUACUCCCUUGUACUUGAUUGAUGAA